UCCAAACCCUGGUGGACAUUCGGUCCCCCGCGUGGGCACGCAUCUCUCCUCCCCUUCAUUUACGCUCUACUACGCGCGCACACACACGCGCUUGCGCGCACGGGCGCUGGAGCAAGUCGCGUAACGGAGCUCCUCCAGACUUCCAGGAGAUCUACGUUGGAGGUUAUGACACGCGGCGAGCCGACACAAGUUUCAAACCCUCCACGAUCCCACUCAGGCCGCGUGUCUCCCACGUGAAUCGCCCGGGCGAGAUUGCAGAAAGUGAGCGCGUGCGCGCCACUUUAGGGUUGCUGGUGCACGAGUGAUGGAGAGAAGGAGGGAUGCGUGUACCUGCGUGUGUUAGUAGUACAUGUGUGGGACGUGGGCUUUGGGAAAUGGGGAUGUACUCCUAACAUCACAGCGAGAUUUUGGAUAUUUCUGGCGACAUGACACACACACUUUGGUGGAACUUGGCGAGAUUGGUCGCUUUCUGGAGGCUGGUGCAUGCACAAGCUGGUCCAGAUGGGGAGAUCACAGCAGAAGAGCAAGUGCAGAUGCUUCUGGAUGCCAAACUCCAGUGCCUCCACUCCGUCUCAGCUCACGAUCUGGCAGUGGAUGUGUGCCCUCCAGAAUGGGACGGUUUGAUUUGUUGGCCACAAGGUUCCCCUGGAUUUUUAACCAAAGUGCCCUGUCCUAGAUACAUCUACGAUUUCAACCAUGCAGGUUAUGCCUACAGAAGGUGUGAAUCCAAUAGUUCCUGGGUGCUUGGAGAGGGCUUGAAUAAGACAUGGGCUAAUUACACAGAGUGUAUAAAAUCUCCUGGGCCCAACAGAGAGAGAGAAGAAUUUUUUGAAAGGCUUUAUAUCAUGUACACUGUGGGGUAUGCAGUGUCCUUUGGGUCUCUUCUGGUGGCCAUCCUCAUCAUUGGAUAUUUUAGGCGGCUGCAUUGCACAAGGAACUACAUCCACAUGCAUCUGUUUGUGUCCUUCAUACUGCGAGCUAUAAGCAUCUUUGUGAAAGACCGGGUGGUGCACACCAGCUCUGGGCUCCAGGAGUUUGAUGCUGUGCUAAUGAACAACCUCACGAACACAGUGGAUGUGGCACCGGUGAACACCUCUCAGUAUAUAGGUUGUAAGGUGACAGUCCUUCUGUUCAUCUAUUUUCUGGCAACAAACUACUACUGGAUCCUUGUUGAAGGCUUGUACCUGCACAGCCUCAUCUUCAUGGCCUUCCUGUCAGACACAAAGUACCUGUGGGGUUUCACUUUGAUCGGAUGGGGUGUUCCUGCUCUCUUUGUCUCAGCCUGGGCAAUCGUAAGAGCAACUGUAGCAGAUUCCAGAUGCUGGGAGCUAAGCGCAGGCAACAUCAAAUGGAUCUAUCAAGUCCCUAUCCUGACAGCCAUUGGGCUAAACUUCAUCCUAUUUGUGAAUAUUGUUCGGGUGCUGGCAACCAAGAUCCGGGAGACCAACGCAGGCAGAUAUGACACGAGAAAACAGUACAGGAAGCUGGCUAAAUCCACGCUGGUGUUGGUCUUAGUUUUUGGUGUGCACUACAUUGUGUUUGUGGGAAUGCCACACACCUUCGAGGGACUCGGCUGGGAAGUUCGCAUGUACUGCGAGCUCUUCUUCAACUCUUUCCAGGGCUUCUUUGUGUCAAUAAUCUAUUGUUACUGCAACGGAGAGGUCCAGACCGAAAUCAAAAAGACCUGGACACGUUGGAACUUGGCCUUUGACUGGAAGGGUCCAGUGAUGUGUGGCUCUUACCGCUACGGCUCGGUGCCAACAGGUCUCAACAACAGCACCAGCAGCCAAUCGCAUCUAGCCACAGGAGCACCGGGUACACGCUCCACCACACUCUACUCCAGCCGGGUAUAUCGUAGCACAGGAGCCCCCUCCAUCAGCGCCCACAUGGCCCUUCCAGGCUAUGUGCUCAGCAACUCGGACGCUGACAGCCUACCACCAUCCAUUCCUGAGGAGUCAGAGGACAGUGCAAAGCAAGUAGAUGACAUUCUGCUGAAAGAAUCACUGCCUGCUCGUCUCAGUAGUGGUCCUGAGGAUGACGAGGAGACUUUGUAGACGGAAAUAUAUGGACCUUUGACAUAAGACAAAAACAUUUCACCACUCAUCUAAUGAGAGGACAUUACAAAAGAAGCUUUGUCUUCUUAGCUUACUAUUGAAACACAUUAAAAAAAUCAGCUGGAUGAUUUCAAACCAUCAUGGAUGAUAAGGAGAAUCAGGCUACUGCACAAUCAUCAUGUCUUUUUUUUUUGAAUUCUAAGAAGCAUGAGAAAUAAAACUGUAUCUGGAAACAACAUCCUUCCUUUUAUGACAGACUGUGACUUUAUUUCUUUGAAUUGUUGGUUUCUUUUUAAAGCACUGUGUUGAAUAAAUUGAGUUUGGCAUUAAGACU